AUGCACUCCUCUGCCCUCCUUCUCGGCGCCGCCGCCCUCUUCCUCGACACCGUCUCCGCCCACGGCUUCGUCACCAACGUCAACAUUGCCGGAACCUCGACCAAAGGCUCCGACCCCGUGUGGUACUACCUGUCCAAGGAAAGCCGUGCCCAGACGGCCGGUUGGGACUCGCUGAACCAAGACCUGGGCUUUGUCGAGCCUGCCGCCGCCGGAACCGUAGACGUAAACUGCCACAAGAGCGCCACGGCUGGCCGCCUGUAUGCCAACGCUAACCCCGGCGACACCAUCGAGUUUGUGUGGAACACUUGGCCCGACAGCCACAAGGGGCCGAUUAUCAACUACAUUGCUCCUUGCAAUGGUGAUUGCACCACGCUAACCCCCGGCUCGCUCCGCUGGUCCAAGUUCUCGCAGGAAGCCAUCGUCAGCCCGGGUGUCUGGGUCACCGACAACAUGAUCAAGAACGGGUUCAAGACAUCGACUAAGCUGCCGUCGAAGCUCGCUGCAGGCAACUAUGUCAUCCGCCAUGAAAUUAUCGCUCUGCACAGCGGCUCGAAUGUGAAUGGCGCUCAGCUGUAUCCUCAGUGCUUGAACAUCAAAGUCGGAGGCAACGGCUCCGUCAAGCCCACCAACGGCGUCCCCGGAACCAGCUUGUACACAAAGGACAUGGCAGGCAUUGUCUUCAACAUCUACACGAACCCCACUUCGUACCCUUUCCCGGGCCCCGCGCUGUGGACUGCGGCUAACUAA